AUGCUAAACUCUAUGGGUCGUCUGUGGAAGGAGCACGAGCUGGAGAGACAGUGUUGUUGUGCCCUUGCUGUGUUCCUCACGAUACCUCAUCUUGUUUUCCAUGGUAAAGAAAACCUAGAUGGAUUCUUUGGAUUCUCUCUGGAUGGAGAUGGCGAGCCUGUGCCCAGAACUGGAUUCGAGUUGAACCACCAUCGUUCCUAA